AUGUAUUUUCUUCUCAGCCAGCUGUCCUUCAUCGAUCUCUUGUAUAGCUCAGCUUUUGUCCCCAAGAUAGCCAUUGACUUCUUGUCUGGGAGGAAUCACAUUUCUUUCAUUAGCUGUGGAAUUCAGUUCUUCCUCUUCAUGUUACUCAUGGGAGCAGAGUGCCUUCUCCUGGCAGUCAUGGCUUAUGACCGCUAUGUGGCUGUAUGCCAUCCACUCCAUUACUCAAUUCUCAUGUGCCCCACAGUCUCGGCUUCCAUGGUUGCAGGAACAUGGUCAUGUGCUCUGCUCAAUGGCCUGAUUCAUGUUACAUACACUAUGAAUCUACAUUACUGCCCUUCCAGGCAAAUUCAUCACUUCUUUUGUGAGAUCUCAGCGCUCCUCAGACUUGUUUGUACUGACACUUCUCUGUAUGAAAACAGUCUUUUCAUCAGUGGGAUUAUAUUCCUCCUCCUUCCAAUAUUGGCCAUCAUGGCCUCCUAUGGGAAAAUCCUUUUCACUGUUGUGGGGUUAAGAUCGAAUGUGGGGAAGAGAAAGGCCUUGGCAACUUGUUCUUCGCAUAUAAUUGUAGUUUCUCUCUUCUAUGGCACAGCCAUCAGUAAGUAUUUUCUUCCCAAAGCAUACCACACUGCUGAGCAGGACAAAGUGAACUCCAUCUUCUACACCAUCCUCACACCCAUGCUCAACCCCCUCAUCUACAGCCUUCGAAACAAAGAAGUAGCUGGGGCACUCAGGAAAGUUCUGGGAAGGGAAAUUUUAAUUAGAAGGCUGACCUCACAGCAGCUAUGGAACUGUUUGGCAGAUGGUCAUGUACACAAGGAAACUUCUCAGCCAGCCUGUCCUGGCCUUAGGCCCCCAACUUCCACGGAGGCCUCAGGCUCCUCUCUGUUCAUCCCCACCCGGUUCCCUGUCCAGUCUGCUCGGCUCUGCUCCUCCACAGGCCUGACUAGGCUCUGCUACACUGACAGGAAUCACAAACUGGCCUUCAACAAACUGAAUUGUCAAGGAGGACUUCCCCACACACUGGUAGCCCAUGAUGGCCAUCUUCCAGGACUUGGACUGAGGCACCUCAGCGGCCUCAACCUUGGCCCAACCACAUCAACUGUGGUGGUGGCUCCAGAUGCUGUGAUAGGCAGCCUCCCUACCCGGGGAAGAGUGGCCUGCAGAGCAGAAGCAGUGGUGUGGAUGUUGUAA